AUGAAGUUCAUUCCUUCAAAUACUCUUGCUAGCACAAGCUUUCUUCUCACUUCCUUUGCCCAAGCAACCAUCUUUUUGGCGCCAGAGGACGAUAUUUUGCUUCCGCGAAGUUCAAGUGCCAUCAAUCCAUUAACUAGUUUAGGGGCCAACAGUCCCUAUUUCACUGGACCAAAUGUCAACGGCAUUAGCAAUUACGUGCCUGAAAACUGCUAUGUUGAUCAGGUAGCGUAUAAUGUUAGGCACGGAAGUCGAUAUCCGGAUUCUGGAGCAUAUGCACAAUGGACCUCCUUAUAUGCUGAGAUACAAGCAGCGAAUUUUACUUCCACUGGUUCUUUGGCUUUCCUAAAAUCAUGGAAGCCAGUUCUGACCAAUCCUACCCUUCAAAUAGCCCAAGAAAGCCCCACGGGAUUCAAAGAAGCCUACGAUCUUGGCUAUCAAUUGAGGACUCGUUACCCAGAUCUUUAUUCUUACGGCCAGCCAUUCAUAAGCUGGGCGAACCUGUAUCCCCGCGUUGUCCAGACUGCGCAAAACUUUGUGAGGGGCUUUCUGGGGUCUACAGCAAGUAACCUUGGCAUGGUAGUUACUAUUAACUCAACGGGAAGCGAAUCGGCACUUUUUGACAGCUUAAGUCCAAGUGAUUUGUGUCCGUCAUUUGUGGAUGGUAAUGGUGGGACAGAACAGGUAACAUGGAAUUCAAUCUACCUUCCUCCCAUUCACGCCCGCCUUCAGUCAUUAAUCAAGGGAAAUCUGAAUUUCUCAACCACGGAUGUAUCUAUCAUGCCUUAUCUUUGUGGUUUCGAAUCUCAAAUCACAGGUACACUAUCUCCGUGGUGUGGAGUGUUUACGGACGAAGAACUCAAACAAUAUGAGUAUGCCCAAGAUUUGAGAUAUUAUUAUGGCACCGGCCCAGGUGAAGAUCUGCCUUCUAAGAUGAUGCUUCCAUAUCUCAAUUCCCUUGUCGGACUCCUAGAACAAGGUCCAGGUACCAACGGAACAUUUCUCAACGGGUCCAGUUAUACAUUACCCAGCAUUCUCACUGCUUUCAUGAACGACGGACAGAUCACCGAGCUCGGAGCCGCAACUGGCGUAUGGGACAACACCAAAUCUCUGGGCGACGGAACGACAAUUCCACACGAUUACAAAUACAUCUCGAGUUAUUUCGUUACCAUGAGAGGCACAGUCGCAUUCGAACGAUUGAAUUGCGCCAUUUCUGGAAACUCAACCUUGACUAACUCAACACGCUCAGCACCAUACUCGUACAAGAAUGCGGGCUCGUCAGCCUCGACAAAUGCAACAUAUGUUCGCAUUCUUCUCAAUGAUGCUGUCUAUCCAGUGCCUUCAUGUCGAUCUGGACCCGGUUCCAGCUGUCUUCUUAGCGAUUACUCGAAACUGAUUAAGAGUAAAGUCGACGCCGCAGGGGAUCUUCCAACUCGAUGCAAUGUUACGGCUUCUAGUGCUCCUACUACCAUUAAGGGAGCUAGUUUCUUUACAGAUCUAUCACUUCCAUGGUUGGGAACUGUUAUCCCAUAG